UUCACAAUUCCCUUGCACAUAUUGGAAUGUUUACUCACUUCGGUCAGCGCGGACGUGCAACCACCGUCUGUCCAGUGACAAGCGUUGCGCUGUCGGCUCUGGUGCCGCAGCUCCCUCACCUUAACCCUCAUUCCCUUACCGACAAGCUGGUAACCAAGCUCAAUUGGCCAGAAGAGGAACGCGAGAGCGAGGCUGACAUACUCCAGAAUGUGUAUGCGAUAGUGAAGCAGGACGAGGAGGGAAAGGUAAACCUUCAAAGCUUCACGUCCCAGAAUUGGUCUGGUCCCACGUGUUUGAAGACACAUCCACGGUGAACAUCCGGAGAGCGCUAGGGAUUGAUGCUAAACAGGCAGGCACGCCUUCUGCAUUAUCGUAUUCAGAGAGCUUCGCCCGAUCACGAAACCGAACGGGGACGACUUUCUCAACGCAUGGUGGCAAAUCGUUGUCAUUAUGAGCUUUGGAAAAAUGGUGUCCAUCACCGCGACGUCAGCCCUAGCAAUCUCAUGGUUUACAAGACCUCAGACGGUCGAUGGAUUGGUCUUCUCAAUGACUUCGACUUAUCAUCGGCUCGAGACACUCCCUCAGGCCAGGAGCGCACAGUACCUUUCAUGGCCAUGGAACUUCUCACAGAGGCAGCCAUCGAAGGCCAGGUCAAGUACCUGUAUCAGUAUGACGCUGAGUCAUUCAUAUGGGUCCUGGUCUAUGUCUGUCUUUGUUAUGAACGCGGCAUGUUCAUCGGCAAGCGCUCACCGCUCAAUGCCUGGCUGAGAGCCGAUGCCGUUGAGUGUAGGAUGCGAAAGAAUCACUUCUUAACUUUCGGUCGACAAACCGCGGAACCCACACCAUCGCAUGGAGGUAUCAGGAAGAUGGCGCGAUCUUGCCUUCUGACUGUCGUCCAGCAUCAUGUGCCGGAGCUGGUACCCGCGCUGGAGGAUCAUGUCGUAUUUCAGACAUGGCUUAGGAAGAAUAUACUUGAGGCCAAGAUAUUGUCGCCGGCGCUCCUAGAUGUUCGCUUGUAAAUUAUGUAGUCUGUAGUAGCCGACCAGAUAUGAUCAUGCAGCAUAUCUCGAAGCAGC